AUGACCACUGGCGGAGGGGACAACGGUUCUACCUCGAUGACCACUGGCCAAGGGGACAACGGUUCUACCUCUAUGACCACUGGCGGAGGGGACAACGGUUCGUCGUCGAUGACUACUGAAGGAGGGGACAAGGGAUCUACCUCUAUGACUUCUGGAGGAGGGGACAACGGCUCUUCCUCUAUGACCACUGUAGGAGGCGACAACGGCUCUUCCUCUAUGACCACUGUAGGAGGCGACAACGGUUCGUCUUCGAUGACUACUGCAGGAGGCGGAAACGGUUCCUCCUCGAUGACCACAGGAGGAGGCGACAACGGUUCGUCCUCGAUGACUACAGGAGGAGGCGGCAACGGUUCUUCCUCGACGACCAGUGGAGGAGGGGACAACGGAUCCUCCACCAUGGCCACGCAGGGUACCGGUGGCUGUCCAACAAUGAGCAGUACGACCGGAGACGACGCGUCGAGCCCAACACCCAUUGAUACAGAUGAGACGACAAUAUCUACGGACGAAAACGAGACGACAGGCGGCGACGACGACGACGAUGACGGAACGACAGACGGCGGAGAUCAGGAGACAACGGGAACUGCGCAUACGAUCAGCACUACGGAAUCGAAGGGUGAGCUCGAGACUAUCCGUGAUCUGAACUCAAAACCUUGA